CACAGAAUUGUUAUUUGAUAAUGUCUGAAUGAAGUAAAUCGCAGCGCCCCUAACAUGGAGUUACACGUGACGAGAUCAGGUAUCCACAGCUGGAAUCGCUAUGGUCACAGUUCUUGUUCACUACCACCACGAUGUCGAACUUACCUUUGCCUAACGGUUGGAUCCAGGAGUACGAUAGCACCCACAACCAUCCAUUUUGGGUUGAUACGACGACUGAUCCCCCUCGAGCAAUCUGGGUACAUCCUUACGAGGAUGAGCAGUUUUUGUCAGAAAACCCAGAGAUAAAGAAAAAAGUUACUGGCCGAUUUAAACGCACCGUUGACACUGACACGGAUGAACCACCCCCGUAUGAGCAGGUUAGACGUCAUUCAUACAGUGGAGAUGUCAGUUCAUCGGUACCUAAACGUCGAGAUAGCGUUUCUCCUGAGAUACCAUCAGUAGAAAACGUUAAUAAUGAACACAAACGGGGUGUGUUUGGACGACUGAAAGACAAGGCCAUUGGCACGAAGGAAGAGAGGGAGGCAGAGAGGAAACGCAAAGCAGAAGAAAGGGCUCAACUUGAGGAGCAGUAUCGUCAAGCUAGGAUCCAGAAUCUACAAGCACGUCAGACCUCGCGAGCCAAUUAUGGGCAGUACGAUGGUUACGGUUAUCCAGGCCGAAUGGGAGGAUAUGGUCCACCGAUGGGCAGUCCAUACGGCUAUGAUGGCUAUUCACGAAGUGCAUUUGGUGGACGUGGGAUGGGGAUGGGAGGAAGUGGGAUGGGAAUGAGAGGUGGAAUGGGAGGUGGCAUGGCUAUGCCUUUGCUGGGUGGUUUGGCAGGAGGAUUACUCCUGGGAGACUUGUUAGAUGGAGGGUUUGGCGGAGGUGGCUUUGGUGGCGGUGGAUUCGACGGGGGAAUGGGAGGUGGCGGGUUUUUCUAAAACGUUUCAUUCUUUCUACACCUCUUCUUCCAUUUUUUUCGAGGCUAACGGCUUGCUCUCGACAUACGAUGCGUUAUUAUCGCUAUAGCUCCAGUGUAACAAGGACUUUAUUUCUUUCAUAAUUAUUUUGUAUUUGAGGGUUGAGACGUAUGGUAUCGCGAACAUUUGUGCCUCUGUUUGUUGUAUGUGUUACCCUGUUAUCAAGUUUUUUGCAGUG